AUGUCCAACCCAACAGAUGCAUUCGAGGACCUUGUCCGUAUCUUCUCAUCUAGAGACAACCAAGUCCUCGAGAUCGAGAUCAUCCCAUCAAGCCUAGGUGCUACAUUCCUACAGGAUGGAUGGUCACUGGGAUUAACCAAGAAAGCUCUAGUGCAGGCCUUUAUGGUCGCGCGACAGCUCUUCUUCGACCGAUUAAUGCCCAUGUCCGAAAAUGACCUCCAAAUCACCUUUACCGCAAACGCCCAGUCCAGAAAUACAGACUCGGCUAUUACAGAAAUUAUGCUCCUCUUCGACUGCGAGCACCUUACAGCCUGUAACUGGCGCAAGCGCCGACUGCAGGCAGCCAUGGCGCAUUACCCUGUUAUUCCAGACCAGACCUCAGCCGCAACGGAGUUUUUAGAAGCCGAACUCACGCUCAUGUCGAGCUAUCAGUGCUCACCACUUCACCGUCAUACCAAGUCGCCGACGCUAUGGCAUCACCGACUGUGGGUGAUUGUAUAUCUGCUUCAAAGACAGUAUCGGAGCCCCGAGGAUCUACUUAAGCUGCAACAGACAGAACUGGAUAUUGUCCUCCGUGCUGGAGAGCUGCAUCCCAAGAAUUAUUAUGCUUUCAAUUAUAUGCGACAGUUGGAAGUGCUUCUCGCUGCCACAGUGGAAAAAACCACUGGACAAUCCAUGUGGGAAAUCCGUUCCGCGCAGUCAGUUACUGAACGGGUGGUUGAUUGGUGCUUGGCUAAUCCACGCGAUAUAUCGGGUUGGAGCUUUGGCCUCUACGUGUUGAACAAGUCCCCCGAGCAACAUAUUCGAGUGAAUGCUCUUGGGAGAGUGGUUAAGUUUGCGCUUAACGUUGGAUGGGAAGGCGAGAGCCUUUGGACGUUUGUCGACCAAGCAUCGAGACAGUUCGGGCUUCAAAGCGUGAUUGAGCAUACCAUGCUAUUACAUUGUGAUGAAGAAAGCAGAACUCGUGAUCCCCAAAUGAUUCAGGACAGCCAACAGAAGUCAUGGCAGACCUGGCUGGCCCGGGCGAGAGUAUAUUGGGUCGUAGAUGGCCAAAGGCAAGAUAUAUGA